AUGGCCCUCGACAGCUUGGAACAGCUUAGAAAACACACCACCAUCGUCGUGGACAGCGCCGACUUCGACAUCCUGCCGCAGUACAAGCCGCAAGAUGUGACGACCAACCCUCUACAUAUCAUGACGGCGACCAAACUUCCCAAAUUCAACUGGAUUCUCGAAAAGGCCGCAAGGUACGGGCUUGAAAAGUCAACGGAAGCUGCUGAGCAGGAGUCCGCCGCCCUGCUGCAGCUGCUGGUGACGUUUGGCGCAGAAAUCCUCAAGCGCAUCCCCGGACGGACGUCGACCGAAGUCGACGCGAUCCAUUCGUUCGACAAGGACGCAACGAUCCGCGUGGCGCGCGAGAUCAUCGCCAUGUACGAAGAACUCGGCAUCUCCAAGGAGCGCGUGCUCAUCAAGAUCGUCUCGACCUGGGAAGGUCUCCAGGCCGCGAGGGUCCUCGAGCGCGACCACGGCAUCCACUGCAACAUGACGGCCAUCUUCUCCGUGCACCAGGCCACCCUGGCCGCCGAGGCAGGGUGUACCUUGAUCUCGCCCUUCGUGGCUCGCACCACGGACUGGUACUACAAGAACCGUCCCCAACGGGACUACACCGGUUGGAAAGGCCCCGGGGUCAAGCUCGUCGACGAAAUCUUUAAGAGCUACCACUCCAAGGGAUUCAAGACGGAAAUCAUGGCCGCCAGUCUGCGCACCAUGGACGAGAUCUCCAAACUCUCGGGACUACAGCUGAUGACACUAAACGCCGGUACGCUGGCGGAGCUAAGGAGUGAAGUGGUACCCAUGACCAAAAGCCUCGAUGCGGAUAAAGUAUCCGCCAUGGCCAACGGACAUCCCAAGGACAUCAAGCCCGUCUUCCUCGACAACGAGGAAAAGUUCCGCCUCGCCAUGUUCUUGGACCAGCCGGGCACCGAUAAGCUCGAUGAGGCCAUUCGAAUCUUCCUGGACGCUGGAAAGGAAACGACGGCACUACUGAGGGCGAAGAUGGAUUCGUUGGUGAAUGCAAGCGCAUGA